CUCUCUUUCCUACUCACAGUGAGAGGAACUCUGCAAAUACUUUGAAUUCUCCAUUUCCAGAGGAAGAAGAAGAUGUUCGGAAGCUGCUGCUGCUGCUGCUGUGAUCACAACUCCGACCACAUUUUCGCCGACCGGGACCCGGUCCUGCUGAUUUCCGGAAUGGGUGGUUGCAUUCUCCAAGCCAGGACGAGUCCAUUCGGGUUCAAAUCCCGGGUUUGGAUUCGUCUUCUUCUUGCUGACCUUGAGUUCAAGAGAAAACUCUGGUCCAUUUACAAUCCUAAGACGGGUUAUACAGAAUCAUUGGAUGAUAGUGUUGAAAUCAGUGUUCCUGAUGAUGAUUAUGGACUUUAUGCUAUUGAUAUUUUAGAUCCUUCUGCUUUUGUUAAAUUGGUACAUUUGAAUGAGGUAUAUCAGUUUCAUGAUAUGAUUGAUAUGCUUGUUGGGUGUGGGUAUAAGAAAGGCACCACAUUGUUUGGUUAUGGUUAUGACUUCCGACAAAGCAACAGAGUGGAAACCACAAUGGAUGGCCUUAAGGAAAAAUUAGAGAUAGCUUAUGAAGCUUCUGGUGGGAGAAAAGUGAAUUUAAUUACACAUUCAAUGGGUGGAUUACUAGUGACAUGUUUCCUUUCUCUGCAUAAAGAUGUAUUUUCCAAGUAUGUAAAUAAAUGGAUUGCUAUUGCUUGCCCUUUUCAAGGUGCACCUGGAUGCAUAAAUGAUUCUCUUUUAACUGGAUUGCAGUUUGUUGAAGGGUUUGAAAGCUACUUUUUUGUGGGAAGAUGGACUUUUCACCAAUUGCUAGUGGAAUGCCCAUCUAUCUAUGAGAUGUUGCCAAAUCCUGAAUUCAACUGGAAAAAAACACCAGAAAUUCAGGUAUGGAGGCAACAAGACAAUGAUGGAGAAACCAACAUAUGUUUGGAAACCUAUACUCCAGCUGGAAGUGUUUCAUUGUUUGAAGAAGCAUUAAGGAAUAAUGAGUUAAGCUACGAUGGUAAAACAAUUGCUCUACCAUUUAAUCUUGCUAUUCUCAAAUGGGCUACUAAAACCCGCAAUAUUCUCAAUAAAGCUGAAUUACCUACAGAGGUCUCAUUCUACAAUAUUUUUGGGAUAUCGUACGACUCGCCUCUUGAUGUCUGCUAUGGUUCAGAAACUUCUCCAAUUGAAGAUUUGUCUGAAGUAUGUCACACAAUGCCCCAGUAUACUUAUGUGGACGGAGAUGGAACUGUUCCUGCUGAAUCGGCAAAGGCAGACGGAUAUGCAGCAGUGGAGAGAGUGGGAAUUGCUGCCACUCAUCGGUCACUGUUAUGCAACAAAAAGGUUUUCCAACAUAUCAAGAGGUGGUUAGGGAUUCACCACAAGAAAACUUCUAGGGUUUUGGAUUUAUGAAUGAAAAUUACACAAAAUUAAUUUAAUUAUAUACUGAUAUGUAAAGAGUAUACACCAACUGCAGUUGGGUCCUUUCCCAGCUCUUUUGUCCUAUACACAUUGGUUCCAUUACUAAAUUUGAGAAGGGUUUCUUUGUUUCUGUAAA